AUGACCGAAAAUGCGCCUCCCAGCAGCUCCAAAGACGCCGCAGCCGAUACCUCGCGCGGCAUGCCCUACUACGAGCGAUUGCGACGCGACUUACGCGAAUCCUUGCAGAAGAAGAGGGCUAUCGACAACAACUUGCUCCGUCUCGAAGAAGAGAUCCUCAAAGCAGAAACCACAUACCUCGAAGAGACCAGCACCGGCAACAUCAUCAAAGGCUUCGACAACUAUAUCAAGGGCACAACCACAACUGCGGCAGCAGGCGGCGCCGGCACUGCGACACGGCGCAAAGCUCCUAUCAGCGAUGCGGACAGAAUAUUCAGUCGUAGUUCGACGAGCUUCCUGAGAGAGUCGUCCACUCCAGGUUCCGCUCAGACUCCUUCGUCACAUGCCCCCACCCCAACCUCGUCCUUUCCUACGCGCGAAUCGAGCCAACCUACGAACGGCAUGAGAGGAGGUGGAGGGAGCAAGAAGAAGAAGGUAGGAGAGGAUGAUGAUGAAGACGGGAAAUCGAUCAAGCGGCAGAAGAUCUCCUAUGGACGAGACUGA